UGUUAUUCGAUCUGUGGGACGCCGACGGUUUUCAUCAAUUGAUUACUCGAUUUUUUUUGUUCUCUUGGAUUUUGAUUUUAAAUCUUUUUAGUUUUAGGGUUUGAUUUUUCAUCAGGGUUUUUUUGGGGGUUUUUUCCUUGCGAUCUUCUUUGUUUGGGUGAGAAUUGUUGUGGGUGUUAUUGGGCUUCUGUUUCUUUGAAUUGGGUUUGUGGAUUCUUUCUCAGGGUUUCUGUUUUUGAUUCUUUUUGGGCUUAUGUUUUUUUUUUUUUGAUUGUUUGAUUUUAGGGUUUAUUGCAGUUUGUUUGUUUUUCCUUUGAUGCGGCUUUUCGUUUCCAAGGGUUUUAAUUGAUGGUUGGUUUAAAAUUGCCGAUGCAAGUGUUAUAUCUUCUGUUUGGUUGCUGAGAAAAUCAAGAUGGAGAAAAGAAGAAAAAAAUAAAAAUACGAAUUUUCGGAAGAACUUAACUUAACUAGGCCACAUAGUCGUAUAAAGAUUUGUUGAUUUAUCGGGUCCUCAUCAAUGACAAAUCUAAAAUUUAAAAAUUUGCUUUUGUUUAUUUUCUUACAUUCUCUUAUCCGCCUAAUGGUGCCUGGCGGUUUCUGAACCGAUUACUCUGGGGAGUUGCGGUCUGUUGUGCUUGAUGGGAUUCUUUUUGUGGAAAAUUAUAGCUUCCUGUUUAUUUCUAAUUUUGCCAUUUUCAAUUUGAUUCUUUUAAUAGUCUCAAACGGGAUUUUUUUUGCUUUUAAUGGAUAACUGCAGAUUUAAGUUUGGGGUUUAUGGUUGAAAAUAUUGGUAAUUAUUUGCUAUAGCUAUAUUGGUAAUUAAGCUUUCACUCAAAAUGGUGUUAUCUUGGCUAAUUAUUGACUGUUCUCUUGUGGAGUUCCUUGUUUUUUUUGGCAGUGGGCGAAGUUGAAGUAGUGUGGGGGAGGGGGUUUGCAGUGGACAUGGCUGGGAUUGCAAGUGAGGAGAGCGGAGUUGGUAGGUCUACAGAUAUUAUUUCAAGUGGGCAACGAUGCCAGUCGGGAGAAGCAUUGGCAGAAUGGCGGUCCUCUGAGCAAGUGGAAAAUGGAACCCCAUCAACUUCCCCACCUUACUGGGACUCAGAUGAUCCCGAUGAUACUGGGGCCAAGCCAUCUGAGUUAUAUGGAAAAUACACAUGGAAGAUUGAGAAAUUUUCACAGAUUAACAAGAGAGAACUCCGUAGUAAUGCGUUUGAGGUUGGCGGUUACAAAUGGUACAUUUUAAUAUAUCCCCAGGGUUGUGAUGUCUGCAACCACCUCUCCUUGUUUCUUUGUGUUGCUAAUCAUGACAAACUUCUUCCAGGAUGGAGUCAUUUUGCACAGUUUACAAUAGCCGUGGUUAAUAAAGAUCCAAAGAAAUCUAAAUAUUCUGAUACGUUGCAUCGAUUUUGGAAGAAAGAGCAUGAUUGGGGGUGGAAAAAAUUCAUGGAACUAUCAAAAGUGUUAGAUGGGUUUAUUGAUGCUGACACUCUUAUUAUAAAGGCUCAAGUCCAAGUUAUCAGGGAGAGAGCAGACCGUCCAUUCCGUUGUCUUGAUUGCCAGUACAGGAGAGAACUUGUUCGUGUCUAUCUUACAAAUGUGGAGCAAAUUUGCCGGCGUUUUGUGGAAGAGAGAAGAGGCAAGCUUGGGAAGUUGAUAGAGGACAAAGCUAGAUGGUCAAGCUUCUGUGCUUUCUGGUUGGGAAUUGACCAAAAUGCUAGGCGCCGCAUGUCCAGGGAGAAAACGGACUCCAUUCUGAAAGUAGUUGUAAAACACUUUUUUAUAGAGAAGGAAGUCACAUCCACUUUGGUAAUGGAUUCUUUGUACAGUGGUCUGAAGGCUCUUGAAGGCCAGACUAAUAAGAGCAAGAAGGGGAGGGCGAAACUAUUGGAUGCUGAAGAAAUGCCAGCUCCUAUUGUUCGUGUGGAGAAAGAUAUGUUUGUUUUGGUGGAUGAUGUUUUAUUACUGCUUGAAAGGGCUGCUUUGGAACCAUUGCCUCCAAAAGAUGAGAAAGGUCCCCAGAAUCGUACAAAGGAUGGGGGUCCUGGAGAGGACUUCAACAAGGACUCCAUCGAGCGUGAUGAAAGGCGUCUUACAGAAUUGGGUCGUAGAACAGUUGAAAUUUUUGUCCUUGCCCAUAUUUUCAGCAAUAAAAUUGAGGUUUCCUACCAGGAAGCUGUUGCUUUGAAGAGGCAAGAAGAACUCAUCCGUGAAGAAGAGGCAGCUUGGUUGGCUGAAAGUGAGCAGAAGGCAAAACGAGGAGCAAUUGAAAAGGAAAAAAAAUCCAAGAAAAAGCAGGCUAAACAAAAAAGGAACAAUCGCAAAGGGAAAGAUAAAGGAAAGGAUGAAAGGUCUGGUGUGACACUACAAGAAAAGCAGCAACAAGGGAGCCCUAAUGAUGGCAGAAACGACUUUAUGAGGGAACAAGUGCAAACUGUGCUUGAAAAGCCUGAUACCCUGGAAGAUGUUUCUGAUGUGUCUGAUUCAGUAGAUUGUGCUGCUGAAAUGCCUCAGCCUGAUUCAGAAGACAGAGAUGCUAGUCAUAUCAAUUGGGAUACUGACACAUCUGAAGUUCAUCCUCCCACAGAAGCCAGUAGCAGUGCGAUUAGUGGUCUGUCAUCUGUACAGAAUGGAAUUACAGAAAGGAAGAGCCCAGGUGUAAUGGAUGAUAGUUCCUCUACUUGUUCUACAGACUCAGUCCCAUCUGUGGUAAUGAAUGGGCCCUAUAAAGGGAACUCAUUUCCAAACUACAAAAAUCAAAAGUCACCAAGCAGAGGAAAAAAUCAACGAAGUAAGGUAGCAUAUGAUGGGACUAGUUGGGCAAAUGAGUUGGAUGCUCAUCCCUCUGGACCAGCCACAGAUGCUGGGGAUCUAAAUGAUGCUUCUGGUAGUUGUAAGGCAGCUGAAUCUGAGUCUGAAGCUGGCAGUCUUUCCUUACAUGAUCGGAUAAAGUGGCUUGAGCAGCAUGUGGUUAAGAAGGAAGAAGAAGUUGUUUUGCUGCAGAAGAAACUGAGCAUCAAAGACCAGGUUGAUACAGAGAGGCAAUCCAAAGAAAAGACAACAGCAGCACCAUCCCCUCCCCGGAGCCCUCCCAGAAGUCUCCCCUCUACUGCUCAGCUAAAGUUGGAGUCGAAGAGCACUCCUAUUGCUGAACCUGUUUCAGUUAGGAAAACAUCUUCAAACAGCCCACAAGCAGCUUAUAAAGCAGCACCUUUAGUAACUUCAACCCAAACAAUGAUAGUGUCCAAACCAGAGACUCAAAAAGCUGCAACUCCAAAACCGACUGAACAACCCACAGUUCACCAAGUGCCCAUGGUGUCAAGGCCUUCUACUGCUCCUCUAAUCCCUGGUCCAAGACCAACUGCUCCUGUGGUUUCUAUGGUUCAAACAACCCCACUGCUAGCCCGUUCUGUGAGUGCUGCUGGACGGUUAGGUCCUGACCCCUCACCAGCAACACAUAGUUAUGUACCUCAGUCCUAUAGAAAUGCCAUAAUUGGUAACUCUGUUUCUUCAAGUUCAUCUGGCUUCAGUCAUCCUCACUCAAGUUCAACAGCGAACUCUUCACCAGCAUACUCGCAACUGCCUACCUUGGUAUCUUCACCAAUGUUUUUACCACAAAACUCUGACCGGUUGGAUGUGAACUCUGUCAAAUCAGGCUUCUCUUUUGGAAUGGGAACACAGGACAUCUUGCAGAAUGGUGCACAAUGGACAGAGCGCUCUCAAAGGGAUGCCAGCAGAAGCACGAACUGUGGUCCUUCCAUGCUUAAUGACAUUCAAAACAUUGAUUUCUACAAUCCUGUACACAGUGGAUCAAGGGAGCACUUUUCAACUGAGUUUCCAGCCGGUACAUCCGGGUAUCAGACCCAUGGUGUGAUGAUAGAUGAGUUCCCCUUCCCUCACCUAGACAUCAUCAAUGAUCUGCUCAAUGAUGAGCAGGUAGGGAAGGCUGCUAGGGCAAGCACAAGCUCCCAGAGUCUCAGCAAUGGGCCACAACUUCUGAGUCGGCAGCGGUCUUUUCCAGGUGAUAUGGGCAUAGCAGGUGAUUUGGGCUCUUCAACUAGUGCUUGCAGGUUUGAGCGAACACGGAGUUACCAUGUUGGAGCCAAUCAUGAUGAAGUGUUCCAACGGAGUUAUGGCUCUUCUGGCAGCCAUUUUGACCACCCACUGAGGGAUUUUAUUCCACAAGCUAAUCCUCCACAUUAUGCAAACGGGCCAAUAGAUGGAUUAAUUCCAAACCAGUGGCAGGUGGCUGGUUCUGAUAUUCCUAUGUUUAACGCAAGGAAUGCAGUGGAGAGCGAUGGCUACCCAUAUUACAUUCCAGAUUACCAAAAUCCUGCAUGUGGCAUUGAUGGAUAUACAAUGUUCCGGCCUUCAAAUGGACAUUGAAAAGAAGCUACGCUAUGAUGGAGUUGGCCUGCAAAUGAGUGGGUUUGUGUCCAUUAUAGUAAUGUAUUUUGAGGAAGUUUGUUGGUCUUUUUAGAUUUGGAGUGAGGGUUGUAAUCCUUUGAUAAGAAAACUCUUAUUUUGCAAAGAGUGAUUCUGCCAUCUUAGCUUCCAGCUUUAGUUGUUUUCAACCAGGGGCUCAGCUUUCAUACUUGGGUAGGGAGGAUUGAGUGAAGCUCGUUAAGGAACCCUUUUGGAGCACAAUGGGGGAAUCUGAUUGCUUUUGCGUUGGAGUCUUUGUUUUAUUUGCUGCUAGGACUCUGGCGCUGUGCUCUUUUUUAUUUGCUUACGCUCAAUUCCCCUCAUAAAACUGAACUGGAGGAUCUCAACCUGGUUUAAGCGCAUCAUUAUGAGCCCCUCCCCCAGCUUGCUUUCCUAAGAUAAUAAAGUUUAUGUCUGCAUUUUUUUUUA